ACAGCGUUGGCUGUGUUGGCAAAUGUGCUGGAAAACUCAGCAGCAAACUAUAGAGAAACAGUCAUUCUUUAACUUGCCUAAAGAACCUUCAGAACCGUCGAUCCAGUCAACCUCCAUGACAAAUUUCAGCCUCUCAUCAGCUCUUGCUGAAGUGGAAGAGAAGUAUCAGGAAAUGAGGGCAAAAAUUCAGUCUGGCAUCCCACUUGAUACACUAGUUUCUCUCCCUAUGCAACUCACUACAGUUAAAACGUCUACUGAUAACUUGCUGAAGGAGACAUCUGGGGACAAAGAAAGACAGGAUGACCCUGAUGUUCCAGCAGAGGACUUUAAUGGAUCCAGGUUUAUGAAAAAUGAUCUAGAAACGCCAUUUAUGCCUUGUGGGGAUAAUUGUGAGCAGAAACCAAGUGAAAUCCAUUCUACGGAGCAUUUGUCAGAGAAACCUAGCCAUUACUACGUCCAUGUGGGGAAUAUAGCUCACGGUGUUACAGAGGUUGAACUGAUGGAUCUCUUCCAAAAAUACAAUGUAUCUAGUAUUUUCCUUGAGGCAUCUUCUCUGACUUGCAGUUAUGCGGUACUGACUUUCUCUAAGUCAGAAGAAGCAGAAGCCGCCAUAAGAGAGAUGGAUGGGAAGAUGUUGUAUGGCAAAAAGUUUAAAGUUCGUUCCAUCAGGACCACCAAUUACAAUCUUUCAGUAGCAUUUCAAAAAAUAAAAUCUGUUUCUAGAGAGAUCCCUCCAGAAGGAAAAGGAUUUCAUUCCACCAAGCAAAAAGAAAGUUUGGUGCUAGAGCCACCAAAGAGUGACUGUACCCAGUCCGUCCAGGUCCCGAGUGAUCACACCCAGUCCGUCCAGGUCCCGAGUGAUCACACCCAGUCCGUCCAGGUCCCGAGUGAUCACACCCAGUCCGUCCAGGUCCCGAGUGAUCACACCCAGUCCGUCCAGGUCCCGAGUGAUCACACCCAGUCCGUCCAGGUCCCGAGUGAUCACACCCAGUCCGUCCAGGUCCCGAGUGAUCACACCCAUGUCGCAUCAGUUGGAAAUUUGCCCAAUGCGUUUGUUAAUUUCCCAAGCAAUAAAUGUUAUCCUUUCACGAAUACAAACCAAGGAAUUCCGGCUGCUCCACCGAGCACUACUUCUGGCUGCUCUAACUUUAUGCCUCCAGGUUAUCAGUGCAUGUUGCAGUCGCAUCAGUCACACUUGAUAUCAUACAACAACAUGCCAAAUUUUAUGUAUGUUCCUUUUUCUUAUCCUUUAUAUCAGAUGCCUAACCACCUUCCUUUUCAGCCUUCUGUGGCACAACCUAAUAACUAUGUACCAGGUAUUAACAUGGCAUCUAACAUACAUAUUGCAGUUGAUAAAGAUGCUGGCUAUCCUGCACGUGCAAAGCCAGUGAGAUCCAUUCAUAGAAUAUACAGAAAAAGCAGCUCUCAGACUUCACCAUCCAUUGUGCAGAGCAAGUUGACCUCCUCAAAUGACCAAACCAAAUUAUUGGAAAGAGACAUUGGUGCAAAGUUUGUGGAAGAUAAACCUGCAAUUGUAAAACCUGCCAACGAACCAGCACUAUCUUGUACCACAUCAAGCAAUGCAGAACUUCACCAUUCAGAAUCUGCAUCUCAAGACAAUCCUCUUAAACUGUCAGCUACUACUGCAAGCGUUUGUGGUGUAGGAAAUACUGUCACUGACAAUUUAGCGUCUUGUGAUGGACCAUCAAACUUCAAAUCUGCAGCUCCUUUAAGAUGUCCAACAUUUGUUCCGCCUAGUGUCACAAUUCCUGAAACCAUUAAGCCAUCUGUAAAUCGCAGCUCAGCAGAUCAGACUGAAGUUAAAUCUACUAUCACAUCAAAGCAAGGAGAUUCUCUGCCAACUAGAAUAACGGAUUGGGGUGUAUACCCACGACUUACAUCUUCUGAGCUUCCAAUCACCAUCAUUCCUAACCAGUUAAACUUCUCCCAGUUCAAAAAGGUUGUAAAGCAUCUGUCAGAACUGCACAAAGGUGCUAAGAGAGACCAGAUUGUCAGGACACUGGAAGAAGUUAGAAUGAACAGAGGAGGGACCUUUGGUGGUUUGACCAUUCCAGAAAUUAUAUAUGCUGCAUCUUCAAAGUUAGCUGGACAUAUUCCUCCAGCAUAAAAGUUACAUGACAGGUUUCCCCAUAGACUUCCACAUACAUUUUGCUACUGAAAGUGGAGUGAAAAGCUGAAAGAUAGUUGGAGCUGACCGCAGCGUCACAGAAAGGAUCUCUUGUUUCUUUUCUCCUAGCAGUUUGUUUAAAAAGUCAUCUGUAUUUUUUUUCUACCUUCAGUUUAUUUUUGCAGAAACAGGUUCAAGGCUUUAGAAAAUUCAGUUACAAAUUUAACAUGGUUACUUAAUGCCUGGUGCACUGUUAAGUGGGAGAGGCGCUCUGUACGGGUACAUCCACACAAAGCGGCUGGGAUGCAGUUGCUUUGCAGCCGAGUACCGCAUGGCCAUCUGCAAUGAAGUCCAAAUAAACUGCGGUCCUAAUCGGUUAAUAUAAUGCUGUUGUCACUUGUACUGCCACAUGGUACUCGGCUGCAUCUGAACCGCAGCACACCACUCCAUAUGGCUGUACCCUUAGGUAGACUUCCUACACUGGAGUCCCUAGAUGAUUGGUUAAUGACAAAAAACAAAAUAGGAUAACUUCCAACCCAAUCAGUUUUGCUUUAGCUAUCACUGCACAUUAAACCGGGGCAGAAUAUUUAAAUAUAAUUUUUUUUUCAGUGUAGUAAAACAGCCUAAAAAUAAAUAUUACACUUAAUUUCCUUUAGACAAAGGGCAUCAUGGACAAAAUCUGAAAAUGUAUCUUGUGCCCAUAGUGGAAGCAUCCUUCCUCAUGCUCCCACCAAGUGGUCUCUGCUGAUCAAAUAAUCUCCUGCUUCCAUCAUUCGGGAAGCUGUAUAGGGAAUGACUAACUAUUGUGACAGUAAGUCAUCCACUAUAAAGGUUCCAGACAAGGAGCAUUCGACCUAGCCAUAAAGUUAGGCAACUAUAACUGCACAGCUGAGACUUUAGAGGUGGGUGGAUGCUUCUAUUGUGGAUGAACCUAGAUUUUUCAUUUUGCCUGAAAUGUUGCAUUAAACUUUUUUUUUUUUUUUUCACGUUUUGUGUAUGUCUUAGAGCUAUAAAAACUAAAACACGCAUUAUCAGUCCAGGUCCCUGACAUCUAUGAGGUGCCAAAUUCAGAGGUGUUAAUAGGUAAAGUUUAACUAUUGAAAGUGACCACUUUGUGUUUUAACUCUUUCCAACACACCAGUUAUUACAGUACUUGCAGUCAGUGAAUGGAAAUAAUCUAUAAACCUAUUACAGUACUUGCAGUCAGUGAAUGGAAAUAAUCUAUAAACCUAUUGAGGGUCUGAGAACCCUGUCUUUUUCAUGUCCAGAAGACACACAGUUCUCAGGUACACAUCUGUACACAUAACCCGAACCUUGUACU